AUGGAUGUAAUUGAAACUCCUGCCAGAAGUCUUCCAAAUAUCUGUUUCUUUCGCUAUAUUGAUGAUAUAAUUGUUAUUGCAGAAACAAAUGAGGACUUGGAUCAGAUCUUUAAAUGUCUGAAUUCACAGUCUAAAUUUAUAAAUCUCACAAGGGAAACACCAACAAAUGGUUGGCUCCCAUUUUUAAACUUUGAGAUCAAACUGCAUAACAAUAAUAUUGUCAACCGCUGGUAUCGAAAACCGAGCAAUAUGAAUUUGCUAGUACGAAUGGACUCAUUCCAUCCCAUCAAACAAAAAUCAAACAUUGUUUGUAAUACCAUUCGUACAGCGAAAUUAUGUUCGUCUCCGGAAUAUAUAUCCCACUCAACAAAUAUGGCGAAAAAAGUGUUGGAGAAGAAUGGUUAUUAUUUUUCAAACGAAAAAACAAAAAGAUCUUUCCACAAAAAACGAAUAACUGUUCCAUCCAAUAUGGAUCGUUGCAUAAUGCCAAUCCCAUUCUUAGGUGAUGCGAUCACCAAACAAAUUCGUAAUCUUCUUAAUUCGCUCAGUUUGGAAGCCCAGGUGAUCGAACUUAAAGGUCGAUCUCUGGGUGAUAUUCUGACGAAGAACAGAUGUUUCGAUAAUGUUUGCCACCACCGUGAUUGCUUCAUUUGUAGGAAAUUGGGUAUUGGUAAAUGCAACGUGAAAGGCGUUGUAUAUAAAAUUACUUGUGACUGUGGUGAAAUUUACAUCGGCGAAACAGGUAGACCUUUAUUUGAAAGGUUUGCUGAACACCAGAGAGCAGCCAAAAAUCCUUUGACCAAGUCAUAUCUCAAUACAACGUGGUCAAAACAUGCUGUGGAAAAACAUGGUGGAACAGCUCUGACUUUAGAUCUUAAAAUACUAGAGGUUGAAAGAAACACGACUAGGCGUAAGAUUCUGGAGGGAGUUGCGAUAAAACAUGCCAAUCCUACUUUAAACACAAAAGAGGAGCUUAGUGAGAUGAUUGCAAAGCUUGGAACUCUGGAAUUGGCUGUUUAACUUCAUUCAAAAAAUCCAUAAAAUUCCUUAUAAUUUUCAAAAAUAAAACAAAACAAAACAACAUCACAAACAACUUACAACGACACCCCGCCAUGCCCGUUGUUUAGCAUAAAUAUCAUUUUCUGGUUUUUUUUGUUUUGUCUUUAUUUUUCAACGAAUUUUUCAUAGCUUUACACCUUAAAAAGUUUCCAUAUUUGUAAAUAACUUUACCAUUACAAUUUCUACUAACUAGUUGUACUAUAACUUCUCACAUUUUUAAAAAAUUCCAAUCUUAUCUAUUUAUGUGAUUUCUCAAUGUUUGUGUAUAUUUCUCAGUUGUAUAUUUCCAGGUAUUUAACACCCUGAUGAUGAUGUGAAUACAUCGAAACGUUGGAACAAUAAAACAAUUAUCCAAAUUUACCGUCGUUUUCGUUUUUUACUGGUUUAUAAUUGAAUUAAAAUAUUGAUAAUACACCACGAUGCGACUACUGAACCCAAAACCCAUUAAAUGGUUAAAUCAUUUUUAUUUAUUGUCGCAUCUUUUCUGUGUUUAUAUAUGAAAUUGUUUUGAAUCCGUGAGCGAGUUAAUUAUCUGAUUGCAAUUUGGGUUUAAAAUACCCACGUUUACCGUAAACACCUAUAUUUCAAUUUUCAGAAGCACCAAGUUUCAGUUUUGGUAAACAAGCAGGUAAGAUUUCAAAAUAUUUUAGUUAAAAAAAUGUAAAUACAUAUUUUUCAAUUUUCAGAGGAACCAAAAGAAACCCCAAAGUUCUCCUUCGGUAAACAAGUGGAACCAGUCUCAUUUGUCAAAGCUUCAAAUUCCACAGAAUCGCCAUCAACAGCUUCUAUAACAACCACAACACCGAAGAGCGUUAGUUUUAUUUCGCAAUUUUGAGUUGAACCCAUGUUUUUGAAUUUUUAGGUCUUUGGUGGACUUGCUCCAGUUGUCGAAGAGAAACCGAAAGCUGUUGUUGUCCCACCCACCGUCACACCAGUUGCACCAACAAUCAAACCAUUUGCGCCUGCUGCAACUGGAGCGACAUCAACAUUUUCAUUCGGCGGAUCCUCAAACAUUUUCGGAAAAAACCAGAAGUUCCAGCAGCCACAACAACGCGUGAUCAAGUCCUCAAAGUAUGUGCCAACUUCCCAUUCAUCGGAUCGAUGACUAUCCAAAAAAUGACAUCGAAUGAUAAAGCAUACACUUGGUUCUGUGAAGAUUUUGCUGAAUACAAACCAGAACAUGUCAAAUUAUCAGCAAGAUUUGCAUCUGUUGAAAUUGCUGUUGAAUUCAAGAAUUUGUUCGAGAAAACAGUCAAUGAGCAUAAAUCAACUCCUCAAAAAGCAAAAACAAUCGAUUCGGAAAUCAAGGCAGCUGUUGUGAAAAAAGAAGAGGUGAAGGAAGAACCAAGAGAAGUUGUUAUUCCAUCAAACAAAAAGAAUGUUGAAUUCGGAGAUAAAUUCAAACCUGCCGCUGGAAGUUGGGAAUGCACUGAAUGUUAUGUUCGUAAUAAUGCUGUAACUGAUAUUUGUUCUUGCUGUGGAAGUGGAAAAGAUGGAAAACCAGCUGAUAAAGCUGCAGCAAUCUUCUCGAAGCCAUCAAUUCUUCAACAACCAGCUGGACCACCAAAGUUCUCAUUUGGAAUGAGCGCCGCUGCAGCAGCCACAGAACAACUCGCUCAAUCACAAACACCACAGUUCAGCGGAGCUCUCUUAAUGGUUCGGUGAACAAUACAGGCAUUUUUGGAGGAGCUGGAACAUCAAAAGCAAGUUUGUUUGGAGGAGGUGUAGGAUCAACCACAGGCAUAAAUUCUUGACUUUUUUAAUUCAGAAAUGCCUGUCGCAGAAAAAACAAAUUCUCGCGUGAUUCGGGAGGCGGGAUUUAUUUGGCAAGGUGCGGCACGUUUUUUUUUCAAUGAAUAAUUAUUUCUGAUUUUUUAAAUUUCGAAAUUUAGUGAAGAAAAAAAGAUGAAAACGAAAAAAUUAUUUUAA